GCCGGGCAGCGGCGGCGGCGGCGCCCUGAGGGUAGUGCGGCGACGGCACCAUGGGGGAGCGGGAUGGCAGUUGGGACAGCGAUAGCGACGAGACAGUCGUGGAGGGCUCAGUGAUAGAGAGCGAUGUGGAGGGCGAGGAGCUCCACAGCAGGAGGUUAUCUUUUGUUAAUAAGGAUGUAUCUUUAACAACUGAAGUAAGAAUUGAUGAAGGAGCCCCCUCUCCAGAGAUCUCUUUUAUUCAUAAACUUCGUCAUCGUCCAUACACUUUGAAGGAGGAAAAGCAGAUAAAUCUGAUACCUCAGGAGACGAAUGCAUCUGACCAAUCUCAGUCUCUACUGCAGGGUUGGAUAAACUGUCCCUCACUUUCUGGAAAUAUUUCUGAGCCUGGUUUUUCUCUGAAUGCUGCAGCAGAGGGACAGCAAAAUAAUUCUGUAGAUAUCAAAGUGGUUGGAUUUCUGAAAGAUACAGAGGAAAAGAUUUCAUGGAAAUUAAGUGAUGAAGAUCUCUCUCCAGAAACAAGCCUGUGUCUAGAUGCAUUUCUGGAGGAGCUAAUAGUGGUUCCAAAAGAACAGACACCGCAAGAUAUAUUUCCGCAUGUUUUGGAAGAUUGCCAGAGAAUGAGUGUGACUGUUACUGACACAGAUAACACAGUAAAAGAAUAUUCCCUUAAUAAUGAUACCGAUCUCUCAUUGACGUCCUUAGGGAAGAUUUUCAUGGAAGCAGUCUCUGAACAGAGAAUAGUGAUGGGUGAAUUUGAAAUCAGUGAUUUGUUGAAACCUCUCAGUGAUUCAGAGAGUCCUAAAAUGAUAAACCAAUUGCAUGACAUGUUAGAGUGCCAGGGUCCUGCCUUAUCCAUUGAUACAUUAGCAGAUGAGAGGAGCGAUGCCCUGCCGGUUGAGCUUGUGACAGCUCUGAACUCCUUGUCAGGCUCUGUAGUACAGCCUGUCACUCCUGAAGUGCCAAACAAGAGGCAGCUUAGCACUGAGGAAGAGCAGUUAAAUUCAGAACCCAGUAUUCCCCAGCUAGAUGAUGACUGUACGCAAAUAACAGAUACAUUUGAGCCUCAGCUCCCUACAGUUCAGGUGGAAGAAAUAAAAGCUAUAGCAGGAUCUAACUUGCAGAGGACAACGAAUGAGCAACUUGUGGGUGAUCAGCAGAGAGAGAAAGAAGUAAUUUCAGAUUAUUGGAGUGCCAACUUGCAUGAAAAGCCCGCUGGGGAGGGAAGUUCAGUGGAGACUGACGUGUGUGCAGAAACUACCAAAGCAACAUCAAGGAAAGCAAUGCAGUUAAGAGGGACCUUCUCAAAAAAGUGCAGAGAUCUUGUUUCCAGUUGUGGCCAAAUGCUACAAGAGACUCGGCAGAGGAUAUCUCACAAUGGCAAUAAAACAAGAAACAAAGCUAAGGAUUUUGAAAAAAUUCAGAAGUCUACUUCUAAAGACAAGCAGGAUCUAGAAACCAACGUAUGUCAAGGCCUGAUGACUCUGAAUGGGAAUAGAAAAGCCGAGCAGACAAGGAGAAGCAAAAGAAUCAAAAAGAAAAUUAGACAAGAAGCCUCCAUUAGGAAUUCCGUAAAUCUUAUUUUCCCCAUUCCACUGUCAAGAAUCAAUAGGAAGAAUAUUUUUGGUGAGACCUUACUGCAUAAAGCUGUUGCUGAUGAAGAUAUGGACCUUGUAUGUAAUAUAAUAAAAUGUGGUGCAAAUGUAAAUGCUCAGGAUUAUGCUGGCUGGACUGCACUACAUGAAGCAAGUGUGGAAGGCCUUUAUGGGAUAGCAAACGAGCUUUUGAAAGCAGGAGCUGAUGUUAAUGCUAGAGGAGGUGAACAAAUAACACCAUUACAAGAUGCAGUUAAAGAAGGUCAUUAUGAGUUGGCAGAGUUAUUACUUUGGUAUGGAGCUGAUCCUUUAUUAAAAGAUGAGAUGGGAAGAUGUGCAUUAGAAGAAGCUUCUGACCAGUCUAUGAGGAAACUACUUACAAGCUAUGUAGCAAAAUCCAGAAGAGGUUCAGAAGAGAUAUCAGCUGGAGAGGAUGCUGAGAGUAUGUUAAGUGCUCAAAGUUUAGAUGAUACAAACCUGCACCAGACAGAAUUAAACUCAGAUGGCACAGUCCAAUGUGAUCAUACUAAGGCAUCAAAGGAAGGCUUCGCUAAAAAUGAACAAAGCAGAAAAACAAAUUUGGUGACACAUACAAAAAAUACAGUUCUUCAGGAUUUGGAAGGCAGAAGACUGAAUGAAGGAAAUUUAACAGAUACAAAUUCAGAUUCAAAAAAGACAGAGAAAUCUGUUAUUGAUAUGGCAGAGGCUGCUGCCAAGAGUAAAAUUACUCAGAAAGGUAAUAAAAAAGAUACAUAUGUAUCUUUUUUAUGUCCCCAUACAAACCAAGGAACAAUUAAAAUACAGGAAGCAGUUUUGCCUGAUGUUGGACCUAAUGAAAUGGGCUUCAGUGUUGAUGUUUCUGAUCACAAUUUUUGCAGCACAGUUGAUGGUGAAGGUGAAUUGGUCUUGCUAACAGAAAUGCAACAGGAACAUGGAUUCAAUAGUGGUAACAAUGAAAAUCCAUUUCCAGAAGAAAAGAAAAGAACCGGUGGAAGCACAGCAACAUCUGUCAUCAUAGGGGAGGAAAUGACCAGUUUACAUUGCCCCACAUCAUCAAUGUCUGCAGAAAAAAUGUCUGUGAAGCAUUCUGAGACUACUGAUGUAACAGAACCUGAUUCUCAGUCAAUACUUUCUUUGACUUCAUCUCACAGUGUGUCACUUUUGAAGCUACAACAGGAAAUCAAGAGUUACGAUAGUGAUCAACGUAGUCUCACGCAGAGUAGCAAAGACAGCUUGACUGACAGGAGUCUAAAUACUGAUAUGAGGAUACCUUCAGAACAAAUUAUUUCUUUGAAAAACUUGACAAAUCAAGUUAAAUCUGAUGUUGAUGGAAACAAAAGUAAUGGAGAGGCUCUAAGUUUAAAAAUCUCCUUGCCCCUGUUGCAGGAGAUUUCUUUGCAGAUAAAUGAGUCAGAAUCAGCAUGUGCAAAUCUUACUGAUUCAGACAGCACAGAUAUAUUGCAACAGACUAUUGCAAAUGAGGUGCAAAACAUUUAUACAAAUAUAUCUGAAGAGGGAACCAAUUGUACUGAACAAACACUUCAAACAAAUACAGAAACACUGUUAGCAGAUGAACUUUUAGCAGCUACCAGUGGAGAAAGUGUUUCCAAAAGUUCCGUAAAUUGUAGCAGUGGGAUGCCAAGCACUAUUGAACAAAAAGCUGAACAACUAGAGGAGGGAAGGAGAGUCCUGCUUAAUGCAGAAGAAAGUGCUGAAGGGUUUCUCACUGAGACAGCUGAAAAUGCUAGCAAUUCAGAGAUGGGGUCUACAGCUUUAAAACCCCAUGAGAAGGAAGCACUUCGAAUUCAAAGAAAGAGACAAGAUCUUCAAGAGACCAACCGAAAAGCAGAUUUGCAUUUCAGUAUUAAUGCAGACAAGAAGUUUCCUUACCCUUCUCAGAUUAUGCAAAAUACAGAGCAGGAAACCUCCCAGAAAACAGAUGAAGGAGUGUUUGCUGAAAUAACUGGAACAGAAGUCACUGAAAAAAAUGAAGAAGAAAGAAAUGCAAAGGGCGAUGUGCUUUCACAGUUUACUGAAACAGAAGCAAUCCAAACUAAAAGAGUAAAAUUAGACCCUCAGGAGACAAGCCAAAAGACAGAUUUGUGUUCCAGUAGUGGUAAAAGCAAGCUUUCAUUGAAUCAAUCACACUUCAGUCAAGGAUCAAAACAGCAAACAUCUAAGAAAUCAGAAUCAUCCAAAAAAGAAGCUGUAGUUUUACAUGUCGCCUAUAAUACAAGAGCUUGGACAAAGAAGAGAAAUGCAAAAGGGGAAAAUCAGCUGCAUAUUGCUGCUAAGAGAGGAGACUUGUCUUUGGUGAAAACUCUAAUAUCAUCUGGAAUUUGUGUCAAUGAAACAGACAACGCAGGCUGGACAGCAAUUCAUGAAGCUUCCAACAGGGGAUUUACUGACGUGAUCUUAGAGUUGCUGAAAGCUGGUGCUAAUAUUAACAGCAGAAGUCUGGAUGGUACUUUGCCAAUACAUGAUGCUGUUUCUGGCAACUAUUUGGAGGCAGUGAGAAUUCUACUACAGCAUGGAGCAAAUCCCCAUGAGAGGGAUGAUUCGAGCGAAACUGCUUGUGAUAAAGCUUGUGAUGAUGAAAUGAAAGAACUGCUGAAGUCUUAUGGUGCUAUUGACUCUGGACUUUCUGUUAAAACUACUGGGGUUACAGAGAGGAAAUAUAAUCAUCCUACUCGGUCAAGAAGAUCAAAACUUAUUUGUUAUGACUGCUGUAAAAAUGAUGAUGCAGCUUUGGUGCCACAACAUGAGAAAUACGAUGAGUCUGUUGCUGCCAUAAAAGAUACAGAACAGAAGCAAAAAGAACUGUUGCUACUUGAAUUGAGAACUUCCAAAGAUGCAGAUGCAUAUAUCCAAAAGCUGUCUCAGAUACAAGAUACUUUGAAUGAAAUGCUUGCAAAACAGAAAACUGAAAGGGAUGCCCUUGCUAAAAAAUACAGGGCUUCAGUGGAAUCUUUUAAAAAAGGAGCACUAAGGGAACAAUUAGUUAAGCUUGCUUCUAGGCAAAAGAGUCUGUUGAUUGUUGCCCAGAACCAGAAGGAAUUAGUCCAGAAAAUACAAAAUUACAGAAAAGAAAAGCAAGUGUAUUCAACACAUGCAGAGAAACAAAUCUCAAACACAGUUAUUUGCUAUGGAAAUGGUAAAGGACAAGAUUUAACUGCUGAUAAAAUCAUGUGUCCUGAUGUAGUUACAUUUAGUACAGGGCCCGGUGCCAGCAUGCCUAAUGGAAACAGAGUAGAAGCACAUCUCUCUUUAGAAAAUAGAUUUUCAGCUCAGGAAUGCAGCCAACAUCCAAACAGCUGCUUGGCUGAGACAGGAACAAAUAAAGAAGCAAUUAGAAGCAAAGAGGUUUCUGAUCAUGCUUUGGCAUCUGAAAACAGGGUAAGAGAGUAUCCUUUCGAUAACAUGUCCAAGUUGACAAAUGCUGUAGAGGUGGUGACAUUGCCUUCAGAACCUGCUGUUUCCACUACUGAAACAAAAGGCUUACAGCAAAAAGACAUUGAUUGUGCAGCAGUUGCAGAACAAGGAAACAAGUCUCUAAAUCCCACUUCAGUGACCAACACAUUAAAUAUUUCAGAAGCCCGAAGCGCUGUCGUCAGUAAUAAUGUCUGUCAGCUGACCAGUGACUGUGAGCGGGUUCUUACUGCUGAGGAUCUAGACAGAUAUGUAAAUAAGAAAGAUGCUUUCCAGCAGCAGCAAGAGAUUGCGUCAACAUCCACAGAGGACUUUCCUAAUACUCUGCAGCAAAUGAUCUUUCAGAGUAGUGUUGAAUCGUUCAGUGCCAACUCAAUGCUUACAAGUCUUGUCUCAAAUACAGAUUAUUCAAUAAACCUCAACAAGAAAUCUUCUUCCCAGAGCUGUAGUAAUCAGGAAUAUGAACAAAAACAAUUGAAGUACAGACGAAAUAAUAGGAAAAAACUUCAAUUGAUGGAUCUACUUGAAUUGGGAAGGAUUAAGCCGGGAGAAAAUGUUUUAGAAUUCAAACUUCAGGAAUUUAGUCAUAAAGCCACACUCUUGGAGGAUGGCAAGAUCAAAACCAGUAACAGAAGAAUACUUCAGAAUCCAGUUCAGUGGGUUAAAGAGCUGCUAGGAAGUGAUAUUUCAGUGACCUGGAAGUAUGUAUGGAAUAAGGUUACAUAUCUUGGGACACAGUUGUCAAAAUUUCUUGUUGAAGAAGUGUCUAUUUCUAAUGACCUGGAAUUACCAUCACAACAAAGAGAGCCUGUGGGCUCUUCUGUCCAGUUCAACUCACUAGAAAAUCUGACGCAUUUUCUUCUAUUCAAUGAGAUAGUAAUAGUGCAUAAAGAUGAGUUUCUGCCAUGUCAUAUAAUGGAAAAACAUUGGAAUUUCUACAAAGAAUGUGAAGAUUUUGGAUUUUAAAGACUUCUUGAGUGCCGAGGUUUUUUUGCUUCAUCAUCACUUAAGAGUAAAUGUUUGGACUUUUAGAAUUAAAUGUUUUACUACCAUCAUUUUGAUAGACCAUUUUCCCAGCACUUAGGAUGGACUGAAAGACUCCUUGGAUAAAGGAAGAAAUGGAGAGUACUUUGUAGCAGGUAAGGAUAACUGUCAGUAUUGAAUUUUGUUCUGUAGGAUUAUGAAAUGGAGAAGUAGACAAGGACCUAUUUUACACUGGUAUUCACUGAGAAUUGUAUUGCAUACUGGUAAUUUUGUAAGAAUUUCCACUGAUCCACUGAUUUCCAUGGCUUCGUAUCUGCCCAUGCUCAGUGUGCAUGGCUCCAUGGAAGCAGAUAGGUGUCAACGCUGAUAGUCACUUUUUACAUGUAACUUCAGAACCAGUCUGCCUGAGCAUAUGCUGUCGGAAAUGGCUGCAAAUGUUUGUGUAAUAACAUAAGCUGUUAGGUUGGGCAAAAAUCAAGAUGGGCAGCUUUGAAAAUCACAAACAACUUUGCUUUACGUGAUAGGGAUAUAUGCAGACAUUUGAGAGCAGGUGUAUGCUGUGAGAGGUUAAAAGAAGAAUCUUAACCAACUGAAGUGCUCAGACAGGGAAAUUCCGUUGAUGUUCCAACCAAAUACAUCUGAUAGUCAGAAAAUGUGCUAGCAUAUGGCAGGAAAUACAAUGAGCUCAUUUCUGGUAAAUGGAUUUUUCAAUCUAAAAACAUCUUAGAUACUCACCCUGAUCUCUGAAGGAUUUCUAUUUGUUUUAAUUUUACAAUAUGUGAAUCUGCCUCAGUAGCAUAUUUAUACACAUUUGACUGUCAUGAGAAUUAUCUCUGUUCAAAUUGCAUUCUCAUUCUUCCAUUCUCUGGUUUAUAAGGAGAGAUAAAAUAAUCACACCUACUCCUCCUAACUCCAGUGAAUGGGAUGAGGAAUCUCUCCUGUCAAUACAUAACAAGCUCAGCUAGCUAUUUGGAGUGGGAAGAGCUGUUCUGCAGGGAUUUUAUUAGUGUCUUAAACAGAAGGUUUAGGGAAGAGAGAGAGGGUUUUGAUGGGCAGGGUGUUAAUACUGUGCCCUAGGAUGCAUGAGCCAUCAUCACUUGAUGGGACUGUAAGGGUGAAAAAAUGCAAACUGCCAGAAAGCCAAAAAAGUAAAAGGUUACUGAGUGAUAGCUGUUUAAUAAAGGUUAGGUUCCACACAGAAAGAAAAUGGAACAUUCUCACAGCUGCUGCAGUAAAACAAACCAAAAGGCAUAUUGGUUUAAAGGAACUGUUCAUUCACAUAGCUCAGAACAUCUAUAGAAGAGGGUGUCAGUUCCCCAUUAAAAGUGAAAUAUUUUUGACUGUUAAAAUUACUACCAAAUUACUUAUUUAUGAGUUUGUCUGAUAUUUUUUCCUUGUUAUAAGAUGUUUAAUAAAAUUAAUGUAUUAAAACUGGAAAGACUUGACAGUAAUACUUUUAGUCCAUUGUAUUAACAUGAUUGUGUGACCUAAGGCAAUAAUGAGAUGCAGUGUCAAAAAAUCUGAUUGAUUCAAGAUGGGCAAAGAGGUAAAAAAGCGAAGUGUUACAUGAAAACUCCUGUUGCUUAUUGAUACCACAUGUAAAAGUAAGUUGUAACUUUUUUUCAAUAUUUAUGUAAACAUCUUAAGAAAGGUGUUAGCUUGACAACAUAAUCUGUUUUAAUACGACUAACAAAUAUAGGGUUCUACCUCC